AAUAAAGUUUGAUUGUGAAUACAAAAGAGACAAUUCAAAAUAGAUUUUUUUAUCUGCUAGAAAUAAUAAAAUAGUACUUUGAAAAAUAUGGAAAUUGGCGAAAUGUUUAAUCCAGCCGAUCACGGGCUAACUAAAGACUUCCGUCUUACCAAUUUUUCAACAUUAAGAGGGUGAGGCUGCAAGUUGCCUGAAGAGGCACUCAACAAGUACCUCCGGGAAACAGAUAUUUUACACAAAGUCGCUCAUAAUGAAAACAAACAAGAUAAAGAUGGAUUUAUUGGUUCUGGAAUGGAUUGUGCUGUGAUUCCACUAUAUCGUCACAAAAACUAUUUUCUCGUUCAAACUGUGGACUACUUUUAUCCUUUGGUUAAUGAUCCCAAAGUUAUGGGUAAAAUUGCUUUAGCCAAUGUGGUUAGUGACAUAUAUGCAGUAGGUGUUACAACAUUCGAUAAGCUGAAUAUGAUCGUUAGCGUUUCAACUAACUUUACCGAAUUGGAGCGUGACGUUGUCCUUCCGGAAAUAGUUAGUGGUUUUCUCGAAUCAGCAAAAGAGGCUGGUUGUCGUGUACAUAUCCAGAGUGUAUCUUACAAUCCAUGGUGUAUUAUUGGUGGCAUAGCCAGUUCUUUAUGUACAGAAUCAGAGAUUAUAAUGCCUUCCAAUGCUAAGGAAGGUGAUGCCAUUAUACUAACUAAACCGCUGGGUACACAACUAGCUACUAACGCAUAUCUCUGGAUGGAGGAAAGAAAUGAUAAAUACAUUAAAUUAUCCACUCACUUAAGUGACGAUGAUAUAAAAAAGACUUUCAAUAAUGCUGUUAAGUCAAUGACAUUCCUCAACAAGAUAGCCGCCGAAUUAAUGCACAAAUACAAAGCGCAUGCUGCAACAGACGUCACGGGUUUUGGUCUACUGGGGCAUGCUAAGAAUCUCGCACGUUUUCAAAAGGAACGCUUAUCGUUUGAAUUAAAUAAGUUGCCUAUUAUAACAAAUGUAGUUACUAUCAGUGAAAUACUUGGACAAGAUCGUAAAUUGAAAUUAGGUAAAGCAGUUGAAACAUCCGGUGGCCUUUUAAUAUGUUUACCAGCGUGUGAAGCUAAAUCAUUUUGCGAAGACUUCGCUGCAAUGACUAAAAAUAAACAACACGCUUGGAUUAUUGGUAGCGUGAAAAGCACCGAGGAGGAAGGUAACGCAUUUCUUGUCGAAAAUCCAGAAAUUAUAGAAGUUGACCAAUAAAAACAUCUUCAUUUCUCACCUGUAGCCACUUCACUAAUACUAAUGCCUUUAAGUAGUUAAGUAUGAUUUGUACUUAAAAACUAAAGGAUUCAAUAGAUGACGAGGUUUUCGUAAAGAUGUUUUGUCAUGAAAACCUCUGAUAAAGUUUUGAUCCCAAAUUUUUAAGCAAAUCGUAUGACACUAUAUAUACAUAUAAAUUAUUGUAUGAAAUGUAAUGAGCGUCUAAAAAGUUAAUAUAUCCAACCAAUGACGAUAUUUUCUUAAAGAUUUUUAAAUCAGGAAAAUUUCUGAUUAAUUUUUGGUUUUAAC